GGUGCUGAAGCUUCCGCGUCGUGCUAGUUGUCCUGAAGGUGCUGACAGCACAGAGAGACAGCAAUCCGCUUACUGAGCGUUACAAUUAAACGGGCUCUGCGUUUCAGUUGAUUCUUGUCAGAUCUGCUCAUUGCUCGACUUGCUAAAUAAGUGCAAAAGCAGCACGGCUUUCUCUGUGUUUCACAGACCUCACGAACGUUUUAUUAUUCGUUUGCUUAUUUUGCUCCGGAAAGUAUUUAAUGCAAGGACGUAUUCUGUGAUCAGAGAGGGACUUCGACUUCAGUAGACAUGUGUAUGAGAAGAGACUACCAAUUACACGUCAUCGUUACGGUGUUGGUUCUCGCUGCUGCGGUGACAAACACACAUGGACAAGAAAAUGUCAAUGCUGUGGUCCGGAGGAGAGUGGAGUCAGACAGCGGAGCCUACACACACUCCCCUACACAGGACACAGCAAGUGAGAUCAACCAUUUCACCACAGCAUCCACCAUGAACGUCCCCAACCACCGGCCCGUCUUCAGAGGAUUCGCCCUCCAUGAACAGCUGCUCACUAAAAACUUCCAGGGGGACCAGCAGUUCUUCACAGACCAUGGAGAUGUGGCAGGACAUCCUACAAUGCCUGGCUCUGUUUCCACUCUUGAGGCAGGAGAUGCUUCGACUCGCCUCGUGCAACAUGAGGACACCCCUGCCUUCUCUGACAUAGCCACUACUGCCACGGUGGCUGCUACAGCCCCCCUCACCAGCUCUGCUCCUACAACUCCGGGGCUACUGGGGAGCAUGGCUCAGAAGGACAAGCCAGCCGAGGACAAGGCCAGGGAGGCAGAGAAGGUGACAGUGACCACAGACUCCCUGACCACCCCUGUAGUGGCAAACACUGCCCAUACAGUCAGUGGCCGCAGACCCAAUGUCCCCCCCUCCCCGAAUGGAAGCCUCCAUAGUCAGAGGGCAGUUGUCAUGGAGACCCCUGUGGCACCCCCUGUGCUGACCACCUCAGUGAGGGUGGAGAAAGGGGAGUCAGAGGAACCAGGGGUAAAGAACAGGACAGGCCCUGGCAUCCAGCUCACCAAACUGACCGCAGCAUCCACAGGAGAGGUGGAUGAGGGAACCACCACCACAACCAUCAUCACAACCACCACCAUUACCACCAUGCAGACACCAGGUCCCUGCACUGUGAAUUUCACUGACCCAGAGGGUCACAUUGAGAUUCCACAGCUGCAUUCCUCAGCUUCGUCGCCUGACCCUGGAGCGGACUGCACCUACGUGCUGACCGUCUACCUGGGAUACGGGAUUGAAGUACAGGUGCUGAACGUGAGCCUGUCAGAGGGGGAUGUGGUGACGGUAGAAGACAUGGGGGGACGAGAGCUGUCCAUCCUGGCCAAUGAGACCGUCCUGAUGAGGGGUCUGGUGGUGCGCAGCUGGAGCAAUCAAAUCUCCAUCCUUUACCGCAGUGACCAGCAGCCUCGCUCUGGCUCCCUGUUGCUGCUGCAUUAUCAAGCCUUCUUGCUGAGCUGUGCCUUCCCUAAGGAGCCAGCCAACGGGGAGGUAUCAGUGACUCACCUCCAUGCUGGGGGAGAGGCCUACUUUCAGUGUCUGACCGGCUACCAGCUGCAAGGCCCCACCAUGCUCGCCUGUCGCAACGCCACUACACCUUACUGGAGUGGCAAGGAGCCAAAAUGCCUGGCUUCCUGUGGUGGGAUGAUAAAAAAUGCCACGUUGGGCCGUAUCAUCUCUCCUGGUUUCCCUGGCAACUACAGCAACAACUUGACUUGCCAUUGGGUCCUGGAGGCUCCUGAAGGCCAUCGGCUUCAUGUUCACUUUGAGAAAGUGGCUUUGGCUGAGGAUGAUGACAGGCUCAAUGUGGGUAAGAAUGACCUGUUGACCUUUUACGACGGUGAUGACCUAACAGCUAACAUCUUGGGUCAGUACAGUGGCACCAGGUCUCGCUUCAAGCUCUACACCUCCAUGGCUGAUGUCACCAUGCAGUUCCAGUCGGACCCUGCUACCAACAUCUACGGCUACGGCAACGGCUUUGUGGUCCACUUCUUUGAGGUCCCCAGGAACGACACAUGCUCUGAGCUGCCAGAGAUCACCAAUGGCUGGAAGAGCACCUCCCACCCAGACUUGAUCCACGGGACAGUGGUCACCUACCAGUGUUACCCAGGUUACGAGGUGCAGGGCUCUGAGAUCCUCAUGUGCCAGUGGGACCUGACGUGGAGCGGAGACGUGCCUAGCUGUGAGAAAGUGAUGACUUGUCCUGACCCGGGGAAUGUGGAGCACAGCCGGAGGAUGGUGACGGGAUCCCGCUUCAUGGUGGGAUCGACGGUGCAGUAUGUGUGCAAUAAGGGCUACUCCCUGUCUGGAAGCACACUGCUUACCUGCUACAACAGAGACUCAGCCAACCCCAAGUGGAGCGAGAGGCUGCCCAAGUGUAACCCUGAGAAGUACGAGCCCUGCAGGAACCCUGGUGCCCCCUCCACCAGCGUGCAGAGUUUAGAGAAAGCCUUCUACCAGGCAGGGGAGACACUGAGCUUCUCCUGCCGUACCGGCUAUGAGCUGCAGGGGGAGCCCACCAUCCGCUGUGUCCCUGGACACCCGUCACAGUGGAGCGGCAUACCACCCGCCUGUAGAGCAUCCUCUUUGCAGUAUUUGAAUGAGCGAAAGUUGGAUGUUGCUAGUCCUGAGUACGGUAUGGAGGGAACCAACAUUGCCAUCGCCGUUCUGAUUCCUGCUGCGGUUGUAUUGGUAGUCAUCCUGGGGAUUUACCUCUACUUUGCAAAACUUCAGGGGAAGACCAUCAGAAUGCCAACAUCAUCCCUGCCGCCGUAUGACAACAUGACAGAGGAGUCAGCCUUCAACAACCCAAUCUAUGAUACAGGAGAAAAAAGAGAUUAUGAGGUAACCAUUUAGAGACCUUACAGCGAGAGGAAUUCAACCGUUGCUUUUGGGGACCUCUCAACUUUUCUGCGAUGACUUCAGCUCCUAUUCCUCACUCUUCUUCCUCUUCAUUCCCUCCUUUUUGUGGGCUUUUGUAAAUAUCCGUCUUUCCAGAGGACUUCUACCAGAGCUGCAAAGGUGGUGGUUCAACAUGGUGUUAUUUUUGUAGAGCUUCAACACAGAUGGCCUUUCUUUAGAGUUUGUACAUUGUAUAUUUCAUAAGCCCAGGACUGGUUACAUUAUGGGGGGAUAGGGAUACAUUAAGUUUAAUUGCUUUUUAAGUUUUACAUGAGAAAUCUGAAGGUUGAAUGCACCGAUAAUGAGUUGGCAAAGAUUUUGAAAUAUACACUAUACAUGAAAAAUACAUUAUGACCCACAGUUGACUGAACAUUGUCCAAAUUUCACAUUUACCUUAAGUGAAUAUUUUUAUUUCCAAUUUUGCUACUAUAAUUCCACCAACCAUGUCUAUAGCUAUAUGUUUUUUUAUCACUUUGUAAAUAAACUGCCUGUCUAAUAUGAGGUUUCUGAGACUUGACGAACCAAAUUAGUGUUUUGUUCAAGUUUGACUCACAGUUUUGUUGAGAGACAUGUCCUGUGCUAAAACAACUAUAAAAUACAUCAGAGAAAUGUAUAGACCACAGUGUUAAGCUCCCCUUCAUGGCCGAUAUAGAGUAGGUAAAUACUACACUAUCUCCUUGGUUAAACUAAUGUCAAAUCCCAACAGCUUUCUCUUGAGAGUAUGCAUCAAUUUAAUGAAAAGGAGGCCAUCUAAAAUCCCAUCUUCUACAAAGUGCUGUUCUGUAAAGUACACAAACGUCAUGUACAUAAGAAUGCUCAUGGGCCACUGUCUACCACCCCUUGUCUAAUGCUCUCAUUAGUUUCUGUCUCUCCACACAAGAAAUUGACUGCUUAAAGUAUUAAACUGCAUCCACAACAUUUGUUGACGUCAAAGAGCAUGUCAGAUAUUCAAACUAUGUGUACUUUUCUUCUCUUUGUAAAAUAAACAAUCCAUCCAGUCCAAUCUGAGUUUGCAAGUCACAACAGGUUUUAUUUUUACUGUUUAUCUUAAUUGUUGUCUCUAUAAAUGUUAAAUUGACUCACUUUGGUAUCAUUAUGUGUCUUUCGUCAUAAACUUUGAAUAUAUAGUACAAACUGAUGAUUGCCCAGCAAUAGUACAUUCAGAGUAAGUUGUAAGGCAGGUGUAUAUUUUAUUACUCAAAAUCUGAAUAAAAAGAACUGCAUUAACUGUGAAAAAUUCCCCAGAGAGUUAGACUCUGCGUAAAAAAGGAUUGCAAGAAAUUGACCACCUUUAUCUGACAGAAAUGUCAUAUCCUGCUGAAAUAUGCAUUGAUUAUCCAAAACAAAUGUGAAAUGCACCUUAAAAUUUGUAAAUCAUAAAAUUUCCACAUGAAAAAAUAUUACAGUUUACUAUAGAAUACUACAUUACUUACUAUAGAAUUCUGUAGUAAACUGGAGUAUACUGAAGAAUUCUAUACUACACACUGUAGUAUCCCUCUAACACGUGUAGUACUUACUAUAGAAUGUUGUAGUAUACUGUAGAAUAUCGUAAAUACUACAGCAUUAUUCGCAAAAAAAGUACUCUAGGAAAUACUACAGUAAUGUCCACAAAAACACUGCAGUCUGCAAAAUCACCACACUUAUUUAAAUAUAGUAAAUACUACAGUAUUUAAUUUCCAUAUUACCUGCCCAUUCGCCUCCCCCUAUCCCAAUUUGUGCCACUGAUAAGUGAGAAAUGUACAUAACAAGUAUAGACCAUAUAUUGUGUUCCCUACAUAUUAUAGAAAAGAGCAGAGGAUCUGAACUAUCUGUUAAGACCCCAGUCCUACCUACCUACCUACCUACAGGUUGUGGAAAAUUUGCUAUUUUAAUAUGUAUCCAGCAGAUUCACUCAAGGAGAAAGUUUAAGCUUCUAAAUGAAAGAUAAUGAAACGAAUACACAAGAAUAAAUACUACAGUAUACUGAAAAUACUACAGUAUAUUACAGUAAAUACUACAGUAUUCACUAUAGAUUUGAGUCCGCAAAAACACUACAGUGAAUACUAUAGUAUUUACACCAUAGUAUACUAUAGCAAUUUUUUCAUGUGUUUUCUUUGGGGGCGGAAAAGAGAAGAUUAAAUUAAAUGCAACAUUAAAUAAAGUUUGCAAGAUAUCUAUUUA